AUGAAACUCUCUCCGAAGGUUAGAAAAAGUCUACCUUGGACGGUCUUUCUUAUCACAGUCGCACUUUGUGUGCUGGCCACUGCACUCAUUACUUAUCGACUGUCAACAUCAGCAUCAGGCAGUACACAAGCAUCGUCGAAGGAAGAAAUUGUUGUUGACUUUAUAGUCAUCGGUGGUGGUUCCGCUGGAUGCAUCGUAGCCGCACGACUAGCUGAAUAUGGGUUUGAAACUCUCUUAAUAUCGAGUGGCGCCAAUGAUACCUUAAAUCCGAUGAUGCGAGAAAAGCGAGCGUACAGUCAAUUAUUUCGUAUGCCUCAAUUCAAGCAUUAUCUAUUUCCGGAACCGUCUUUAAAUCUGAAUGGACGCGUUUUGAAUACUAUCGUGCAGAAUACUCUCGGAGGUAAUGGUGUUAAUGGUGGUGGAAUGGAACAAAUGAUGCGAAAUGAUUGGACAUAUUUCGUCAAUGUCACGAAUGAUCAAUCCUACCAUCAUCAAAAUAUGUCUGCAUACUAUAAGAUGGUUGAAAACUUUACGUCAACUGCAUCGAUUUCGCCGUCUGAAAAUCACGGCCAUAGUGGCCCUAUUAUAAUCACACAAUAUUACGAUACGAAAUUUGGUAAUCUGUGGAAAAGUGUCGCUCACGAACUAUCUGAAACAUAUAGUGAUGACCUAGCAGGUUUGUCUGAUUAUGGAUUUUCGUUUGAGGGCUCAGCGUUCACGAAUGGUCUGAGGAGUUGGAGUGGUGAUGCUUAUUUGAGUUUCACUAUGAGCAAGUAUUCUAAUCUAAAAGUAAUUACAGCCGCUACCGUCACUAAAUUGGAAAUCAAUGAAAAAACGAAGCACGUCGAUAGCGUUUUAUUUGUCACAUCGAACGGUCUAUUCAAAGGAACAGCAAGAAAAGAGUAUAUUCUGUCUGCUGGUGUAUUUUUCAGUCCACAUCUUUUGAUGUUAUCAGGCAUUGGUGAUCCGGAUAUUCUUCGACAGCAUAAUAUAACUGUAAAGCAUGAAUUGAAACAAGUUGGCAAAAAUUUAAUGGAUAAUGGAGUAGUAACUAUCGAAUAUGACACCAAAAACUUUUCCCUUGGUAACUUGAAACCCGUUGGCUUGGUUAAUAGCCAAUCAACAACAACAAAUACUAAUCCCGACAUAUUUUUCAUCUUGAAACUGGAUGAAGAAACAAAACGACUCACUGUACUUAUACUUAAUAUCUCACCAAAAUCUCCCGCUGGCUAUGUUUCAUUGCACAAUUCGAAUCCGUUGGUAUUACCAAAAAUAAACCUAACUUAUCUCAAAGAUGAACGUGAUACUAAAACAUUUGUCAAUGGUAUUGAAUAUAUUCGACGAGUAAUGUCAACAUCUGUCAUGAAGCAGUAUGCUACAUUCAAUGAAACACAACCAGGACCGAAUUUCGUGAAUCUAUCGAAUUAUGUCAUCAAUACUGUUUCUACUGCUCAGCAUUUCCUCGGAACUUGUUCUAUGGGAAAAGAUGAACAAACGUCGGUCGUUGACAGUCAUUUCAAAGUUCAUGGUAUAGAUAAUCUUCGGAUAGUCGAUGCAUCGAUAUUUCCCGCCGGCUUCAUUUCGAAAUCUGGUCCGUGCUUAACAGUAUAUGCUUUAGCAGAAAAAGCUGCUCGCACACUACAGCAGAUGUAUUCUUAG